AUGAGUUUGGUCCAAUCUAUAUUCAGUGACAAGCCAACUUCCUAUUCGUCCACUUGCCACAUUAGAGCACGCAGCUUUGAAUUGAUGAAGGAGGCAAAACAAUUUAAAGCGUCGAGCAAACGAUCCCUUAGCGAUGACUUGUUGUUACCGCCCAACAAAAGGUCCCGAACUGCACCACCUUCACCGCCAUAUGAACUCAAGUCCAAAAUCGGCUUGAACACAAACUCCGAUUCACUUGCAAAUUCAUCAGAUAAGUCUGUUGCGCCCAACUCACAGCAGCUUAGGUCGCGUUCCUUGUCGCCAUCAAGACAAGUCUCAAAUGUGUUACCACCAACAAAGUCUCCCUUAAACACACCUGCGUCGUCUCCAGAGUUUGCAAAAAUCAAAUUGCCUAGCAUCUCGGCAUCUUUCACCAGCUCAAGGCCCUCUUCUUCCAUAGUUAAACCACAAUUACCCAAACUUGAGCCAAUACUAAUUCCCACCGUCUCACUAGAUUAUUAUGACACUUAUAAGCCAAAUGACGAAAAUUGGAGGUACGAGCUAUUGGACAAGAUCACCAAGGAGUCCAAGCAUUUCCAUUUGAACCAAUACAACUAUCUCAACAAAAAUAGCAUCAAGACAAAACCCACGUUUGACUCAAAGAUUAGCUUCAAACUUCAGCACAGUUCGUCGUCACCAAACAAAUUCACUUUGAAUCCACAAGUCUCUUUAGCCAACAACAACAACAACAACAACAGUAGUAAAAACAAGACAAUCAACUUUCCCUUUGAAUCAAAUUAUACCUACCUCAACCAGACAUAUUUGAAAGAUGUCCAGCAAUAUCCCGAGUACUUGGAGUUGGCCAAGUCGUUGAUCACAUUGUCAAAGACAAGAGCCAACUCGUCAAGCUCAUCUCACGAGCAUGAGAAUGUAAUCUCCGAAACUUCACCCAAAACCCCAGUCAAUUCUCACAGCAGCAUUUACCCAUGCCCAGAGUUUCAACAAGAUAACUCGAUGCCGCUCGCUUCGCAUCAAACCCCAACAAUUGCAACCUUACCGCCGGUCGGACCAUGCUCUUCUUCCAUCAGGACUCCAAUCGAGCGACCAUCUUUACCAAGCAUCCGCCAGUCUUUCAACAAUCUUCAAGACGACCAUCUUUAUAGCCAGUCUCACCGCCCCAGCCGCCCGCAAUUGGGCCACUUUACUUUACAGCAAAAGCCAGUUUACUACCCGCAAACACUCCCCCAGCAAAUGUCACCACACAAUUCUCACCCACCACUGGAGAUCAUCAGUCACAAUUUCGUACCUAGCUCACCCCCAUCGGCGAAAGUUAAAUCGAGGUCAAACCUGUCCAAAUCGUCACCAAAAGCACAGUACAACCAGAGCCACAGCAGCAGUAGCAACAGCAGCAACCACCAUUACCACCAUCACCAGAACGCUAGAAGGGUUUGCAUAUCCUGUGGUCUGGACCAAUCACCUUGUUGGAGACCCUCUUGGUCAAUCAAGGAAGGACAAUUGUGCAAUUCUUGUGGCUUGAGGUAUAAAAAGACGGCUGCUCGUUGCCUCAACGACAAAUGUCGAAAGAUCCCCGCAAAGGGGGAGUGGUCGCUAAUGCAAAGUAAAGGGAAAGUGUCCUUUGAAGAUGGAAUGGCUGGAUACAGUUGCUUGGACUGCGGUUGGAGGGUGGAAGUUUCAAACUAGAACCCCCCCCCCUCGUAUCUAAUUUUCUUUAUUUUUGACUUCCUUUCCCAUUUUCUUUUUCAGUAGUUAGCAUAGCAUUAAUCAAUAUUAAUAAUGAUCAGAAACUUACUUCACCAGUCUUUUUCCCCCCCCCCCCCCCCAAGUUCAUCAAAGAGGGUUGGGUUGUUUUGAAGUUGCUUGUCAGCUUCUGACCAAUUGCCACAGCAUAUAUAUGGAGACCAAAAAAGUAGUGUCGCGGUUUUGCGACACGACAUGUGAGCAUUUACGACACUGAAGGAGAGUGGCAAUACGAUCUCAAGAUUUCAUACAGAACUGCCUUCAUACACCCAAGCAGAAACAAGAAGAACAAACAAAGAAACAGAUAAGGAGAGCAAGAUACGACAAAAAGAUGCCAGAGAUUACUGUUACCAUAAAGUCCUCAGGAGACACUCGACUCCAGCUCACUUUUGACCCGAGCAUCACAGUUUUACAAUUGAAAGAAUUGAUUGGCGAGAAAGAGUCGACCCCAGUGGCUGGCCAACGUUUAAUCUACUCCGGCAAAGUUUUAAAAGACGACCAAACCGUCGAGUCUUACAAGGUCCAGGAUUCCCACACAAUCCACUUGGUGAAAGGCUCAAAGGCUUCUUCAUCCACGCCUGCCACUUCCACUGCUGCAGCCAACGCCAGCGCCAGCGCCAACACCUCCACCAAUGCAUCUUCAGCACCAAAUGCCUCACAACCAGCAUCAAACGUUCCCUCGAAUAUUGCAGCCGGACAGGGCUCCUUCAACCCGUUGGCCGACUUGACGGGAGCUCGCUAUGCCGGAUACACCCAGUUGCCUUCGGCUUCGCUCUUUGGACCCGAUGGAGGCAUGAACUCGAACUUGCCAAACGAAGACCAAAUGAACGAGAUGAUGUCCAACCCUUUGUUCCAAGAGCAAAUGAACUCCAUGUUGUCCAACCCACAGAUGUUGGAUUUCUUGAUUCAACAGAAUCCGCAGUUGAGGGCGUUGGGACCACAAGCAAGACAGAUGUUGCAGAGUCCCUUGUUUAGACAAAUGCUCACGAACCCCGAGUUGAUGAGAUCUGCAAUGCAAAUGGGCCGACAAGGCGGUGCUGGCGGUGCUGCUGGAGGCAACAUCUUUGGGGGCGGAGACAAUCCUCUUUUUCCUGCUCCCGGUGCCAACCCCACCGUGGAGAGAACAACCUCUGAGAAUGCGUCAGGUGGAAACCAAACGUCCAACACCACUGGCGCAGAGCAAGCCAAUGCUGCCAACCCCUUUGCAGGGUUGUUCCCAGGCGGAGUGCUGCCCGUUGACCCAAUGGCGUUUUUCGGAGGAGCUGCUGGUACCGGCGCAAACCCAUUUGCACUGACACCACCAGACAAUAGACCACCUGAGGAAAGGUACGAGAGUCAAUUACGUCAGUUGAAUGAUAUGGGAUUUUUCGAUUUCGAUAGAAACAUUGAGGCCUUGCGAAGAACGGGAGGAAGCGUUCAAGGAGCUAUUGAGUACUUGUUGAAUAGUAGCUAA